AUGAAUGAAAUAAACAAAUUAAAUAAUUUAAAAAAUGCAAAUGAUAUCAAAGUUGAAAAUGAAAAACUUGAAAAUUUAAUAUCAAAUUUAGAAUUUGGUAAUAAUAUAAUAACUGUGGAGACAUUAGAUGAAGAAUUCCCAACCAAAAAGAGGAAAUUGAAUGAAAUUAAUGCUAAACCAAAAGAUCCUAUGAGGAUUAGAAAUAUUGAUGGAACGUUAAGUUUAUCAUUAGAUCGUAUUAAUGAACAAAUUUGA